AUGCCCAAUGGCAGUCUAAAGUACAACCAGCCGGAACUAGCUAAGGUAGCUAAGGUGGCCGAGCAGGUAGAAACACUACAGAAACAAUGGCAGGAAAAAGCAACGUUAUGGGCGUCAGAAACGGACCCCUACCCGCCAGAAGUAACAAACGAUAAGAAAAAGCUUAAAGCUCUAAGAGAAUGUACAAGCACGUACAUACCCCCACAUAUGAGAACCGAACUUAUUAAGACCCUGCACGAGUCCCCAGAAUAUGGACACGCAGGGGUGGACGAAAUAGUUAGACGACUAGCUAAGGUGUUUACAAUACCACGCUUGCGAGCGAAGCUCCCGAGAUCGUUAGAACCAGGAUCAGCUCGAUUUUGCGACACAAUCCUAGUAAUC